AUUUGAUUAAAAAAAAUGAUGAAUUAAAUUUAAAAAAUGAAGAAUUAACUAAAGCUAGAGAACAAAUUGAGAAUUUAAUUCAAGAAAAUAAUAAAUUAAAAACAAAAAAUGAAGAAUUAACUAAAGCUAGAGAACAAAUUGAAAAUUUAAUUCAAGAAAAUAAUAAAUUAAAAACAAAAAAUGAAGAAUUAACAGAAUCAAAUCAAAGAUUAGAAAAAAUAAAUGAUACCCAAACUUUAUUGUUAAGAGAUGCAAUUGAUAAAACUGAGUUUUACAAAGCUAAAAAUUUUUAA